AUGCACCAUCAUACCCACGCUCUGGCAAACAGAGUCAGACCACACAGAAUCAUCACCAAAGCCCUCACUCCCAUAACAACCACCUCACUUCUCAACAAAUCCAACUUCCACACGCUCAACACCAUGUCGAUGUUUGGCCCCCGAUUCUACGCUCCGGCUGAGCCCAAUUUCACGGGUCUCUUCCGUCUCAUCGAUGACUUCGACAAGUAUGCGCUGCAGAACAACGGCACUCCGGCCCAGCAGGGUGGCCGCCACCACGGCCGCCACAUCCAGACCUUCACCCCCAAGUUCGACCUGAAGGAGACGGAUGACAACUACGAGCUCCACGGAGAGCUGCCGGGCAUCGAGAAGGACAACGUCCACAUCGAGUUCUCCGACCCCCAGACCAUCGUCGUCCGGGGCCGUGUCGAGCGCACCUACACCUCCGGCACGCCCCCGCCCGGCCUCCUCGAGAAGGGCGCGGACGAGGUGAGCGGCGCCCUUGCCGAGGCCCCCAAGGAGCCUCAGCACGACAAGGCCCACCAGCCGACGGUGGAGGACGAGGCCGAGCAGGGCGCCGCCGGCAAGACCGUCGCCCAGACCAAAGCCCAGGGGGAGCAGCAGCAGCAGCCCAAGCAGCCGCUGCAGAAGUUCUGGGUCUCGGAGCGCAGCGUCGGCGAGUUCUCGCGCACCUUCCAGUUCCCGAGCCGCGUCGAGCACGACCAGGUCAGCGCCUCGCUCGACAACGGCAUCCUGAGCGUCGUCGUGCCCAAGGCUAAGAAGUACGAGGGCCGCCGCAUCACCAUCAACUAA